AUGUUCCGUCAAUUAAAUCCAUCCUUUAGAACUUUUGUAAUUAACAAAAGAAGAUUUCAUACAAACAACUGUUUAUUCGAUUUUUAUGAAAAACCGCGAGGAGGUUAUCCAUUAAUAUACGAUGAACCGCCAGUAACACAAAACUUAAGUUUUCUUGAAAAAUUAAAACUGGGAUAUCAUGAAUUUAAAAAGGAAUGUAAAUUAUUUGGGAAAGAGGUACGCGAUAAAUUACACCUACAUCCUACUCUAGUUAUACCAAACGAAGAAGAAAUUGUACUUAAAUUUGAUGGAACUGUGGAAUCAUUGAAGAAAUGGGUUGUGACCUGUGACAGUGAUUAUAAAGAGGGUUUUUCAACUGCCAAAUUAGAAUUAUCACCUUUUGGCACUGGAGUAUUCCAUGGUACAUUAAAUACCACUGUACCUAAAGAUGGUAAAACUAAGAGGGCUGGUUUUUGUAAUAUAACUACAAUUCCAAAACGAAAGUCUUUUAAACGAAAAGAUUAUUAUAACUGGCAUCGUUAUAGUCAUCUUACUUUACGAGUCAGAGGAGAUGGUAGAUGUUAUAUGAUAAACUUAUUACAAAAGGGAUAUUUUGAUAUAACAUGGUUUCAUACCUAUAGUUACCUGAUGUAUACAAGAGGUGGCCCUUAUUGGCAAGAUAUUAAAAUCCCUUUUUCCAAAUUUGUGUUCCAAGAAAAAGGAACAAUUCAGGAUCGGCAAUAUGAAAUGCCAGAUUCAUUUAUUACAAAUAUAGGAAUUACACUGGCAGACAAAAAACCAGGACCUUUUAGAUUAGAAAUUGAUCAUAUAGGAGUAUAUUGGAAUCCGCUUAAUUUUGAAAGUUGUGCUUAUGAAUUGAAUGACAUGAGUAAACCUACUGAAUAACUUUAUUUAAUUAAAUAACUAGAAAACAUACAUUAUUACUAAUUUUAUUCCUGUAUGUAUAUUUAAAUUAUAUCAUAUUGUACAGUAAUAAAUUUACAAAUAAUGGCAA